AUGAUUGAAGCACAGCUCCAGCAGAUGACGCUCCGCUCAGAGACCCAGCAUCCAUCUGCAGUGCUGGCAUCUCAAGCACCUGAUCUUAUUCAUCGUCUGAACAAGCCUACACCAUGGACCUACACCAUGAGCCUACACCAUGAGCCUACGCUAUGGACCUACGCCAUGAGCCUACCCCAUGAGCCUACGCCAUGGACCUACGCCAUGAGCCUACACCACAAGCCCACGCCACGGGCCUACACCAUGAGCCUACGCCAUGGACCUACACCAUGA